GAACCAUAGUUUGUUGGGCGCGGUUUGUGUGUUUGUGACGCAUUCGAGACCUAACGCUACCAACUCGUUUCCAUUAUCAGAUUGAUAUAAUCUUACCACUUCGUUAAUACUGACUGUCGUUGAUUGUUUAGAUUAUUAAACUAUUCACCAUAAAUUGCUUCUCAUACAUUUCCCAACACACAGAGUGCUUUAAGUCUGGACGCAAAACUGCAAAAAGCUGAACGUCAUGAAGACAAAAGAGUCUCUGAAAAAACUACAGGAUGCUGACAAAGUUUUUGAUUUAGUGCAAAGGCUUUCUUCAGAAGACAGUGCAGUUGCUAGCAUAGCUUGCAAAGAAGCUGAUGAUUUUCUUAAACAAAAGUGCAGUGAUGGCAAGUGCUAAUGCUAAUUUCCAUUUUACAGUAACUAUAGGUUUUGACAGAUCUGUUAUCAAUAAAUUGGACCAACCUUCAAAAAACUUAGAUGAUGUAACUGGAAAAGGAGAUGAUGUGACUGCAUUUAUGACUGCGGUUGCACAAGACGCACAAGAACGUGCUGAGCGACGAGCUAAACAACGAGAACGUGCGGAUAAACUCAAGGAUCGUGCAAAUACAUUUUUCAAGGCUGGAAACUGUAAAAAAGCUGUUGAGUUGUAUUCACAGGCAAUCGAUGUGGCAAAGGAUUACGAUAUUUUAUAUACUAAUAGAGCUCAAGCCUAUCUUCGUCUUGGUCAGCCUGAUUUAUCACUAAAAGAUUGUGACACUGCCUUACUACUAUUUCCAGAAGCUCAAAAACUGAAUUCUGAUAUGAAAUCUACAAUGGUGAAUAAUAAUAAUCGCGAUGUUGUUUCUAAUCCUCGUCUAGCUAAAGUUUAUUUACAUCGUGGUAAAGCAUUAAUGUCCCUUAAUCGACCAUCAGAAGCACUUUCCGCAUAUUCAUUAUCUCGUUAUUAUUCAGCAUCAAAAACUGAAAAAUAUACAUCGACAAAACUGAAUAGUGAAAAAUGGCCAAAUUAUUUAAUUGAAUAUGUUUCACAAGCUGAAGCUGCUUUGAUUGCUCAAGAAGCUGAUGCAAAAGCUGAAGCAAAUUUCGCCCAAUCAGCCAUAGGCUUUAAAUUAAAUGUGAAUGAUGAAAACUCGAAUAAUAUUCCUUCUAGCCAACAACUUUUAAGUCUCCUAGCUCAAUUAGCUCGAAGAAAUCAAAAUUCUAGAUACUAUAGCGCAGGGUUACGCUAUAUGAAUCGUCUUUUUAUGAAUGCCCCGAAAACUAAGCCUACAACAAUCACAGAAUUAAACAAUACAGUUUACGACUCGAAAAUUGGACUUUCAGAAUCUUUAAACUGUAAUUCAGAAAAAAAGAAAUCUAAUAAAAAAAGCAAAGGUGCACAACAUAACUCACCAGUGUCUGAUGAUUCCAAUAGUAUCAACAGCGAUAAUCAUCUGUCCACUGAAACUUUGUCAGAGCUACAAACGAUUUUUCGCAUAAAAAGUGGAUUUAGUCUUCUGGGUAAAGAAGUUGAUGCGAUCUAUCAAAUUUUCAAUCCAGAUAAUAUUUAUGAAAAAGAGAUGUUAAUGCAACAUUCAAAUGUCAAUACAUGUAAUCAAAAUAAUGACAUAACUGAAAGUGGAAGAGAAGAUAAUAGUGUAAAUGAAACCAAUUCUUACUCAGUACUUGAUGAAUCUGAGAGAAUGCUUGCUUUACUUAAUUUAGCAGAUCAUUUAACAACAAAUUGUGCAGAAAAUCAACGAUUACUCAUUGAACAUCAACCGAAUUUAAUUAAAAUUACACUUGCUUGUAUUAAUUUAUCACCUGAGUUUGUUCAACGUAUAACUCUUCAUUCAACAAUAACACCGUCGUCAUUGUCAUCGGAAAAUAUCAACUUAACUAUAGAGAAACAACGAAGCCAACAUAUUAUUGGUGCACUUAGACUAGCCGCUUGUAAUUUGUUGGUUAAUUUGACUUCAUUACCAAGUGGUCGACAAUCUUUAUUAGAUAUGUAUGGGCCUGGUCCUAUUCUGACAAGUUUAGCAAGUUGUUUAUCCACUUCAAUGUCCAAUUCCUAUCAAGUGACUUCUCCAACCUUAACACUAACAAACACUUCAAGUUUAGCUGAUGCAGCACGUGGAUUAGUUGGCCGUUUAUCAGCAUCAUCUGGAUUAGUUAGUACAACAAAUAGUAAUAAUGUAGACAUGGCUAAAUCCAAUUUAAUUUCAUCGACAAUAGCUUCAGUUUGUGCUACAAAAGUUGCACAAAUAUUGGAGUAUUUAACAGAAAGUUCAAGAUUCCUUAUACUUGCUCGAUCUUCUAGUGAAGGUUUACAAGGCCUUUUGUCAGUCAUUGAGUCUGCUUUAACUUCUUCAUCUCCAACUACUAAUACCAAUCAACCGUCAUCGACAACAUGCCAAUGUCUAGCUACUUUGUUAGACAGUUUAGGCAAUGCUUGCCAAGAUCGUACUUUUCAAAAAACUAUUCUACAAAGUCGUAAAGCUUUAUUAUUCGGAUUAUCUAAUUGUCUUUCAUAUCAUGUCCCACUGCUGAGUGAUGCUAGUCAUGCUUGCUUAAUCGCUUCAAUCUGUCGAUUAUUACAUAAUAUUUAUGUGGGACAAUUAGAUCAGCCAAUGGUGACUAAUAACAAUAGCUUCAGUUUGUUAGAUACUCCAAAUAAUGAUUGUUCAACAUCUUGUUUAACAUCAAGCAAAUUAGUUAAUUCUUUACUGAAUGGUAUUGGUGCUAUUUUAGAUCAAAUUGGUCAUGGACCAGAAUUGAGAGCUGUAGUUGUUGCUUUAGCCGGAAGAUUAUUACCUCUGUGUCAUGAUACUAAUCAACUUACAUCUUGGUUUGGAGAGCAUACAACUGAGUCAAUUAACGAUUUAACACCACGAACUCGUCUACUUCUUGCAAUUUUAGAUAGUUGUUCAUUAGAUUCGUGUUCUAAACGUAAUCCUGUCAGUCCAUCAUCCGUAAAUGGUGAACAACAACAAUCAAAUGGAAAUAUUUCACAGUCGAAAAAUGAAACAAACAAUAUGACAUCUCAUUUAAUUACUGGAUGUAUUCGUUGUUUAGCUUUGGGUACUAAUCAUUCAACUAGUUUACGUUAUGCAAUUGGUGAUGAUAGACGACGUGUUCGACGUUUAGCACGUUUUAUUCGUGCACGAUUAUCGGAAUACACAAUUCAAUCACCAGUUAUUUGUAAAUUGAAUGUUUCAUCAAACCAACUACCACCUAGAGAUGAACCAUUGGCAGGAAAUGUUUGUUUAGUUUUACAACAUUGUGCUUCAGAUACACCAUUAGCUGAACAUCUUCAAGGUACUUCAGUAAUAUAUGAUUUAUUAUCACUGAUACAAGAAAGUCAACGAUUAGAUACUAAAAGGAAUGCAGCAAUACUUAUUGGUAAAUUAGCUCAAUCAAGUCAAGUACAUCGAGAUGAACUUUCACGUUUAGAUGGUUAUAGUGUAUUAACACCAUUUAAUUCAUGGACUGCAGCAUUGGAACGUUGUUAAACAUACAUAAAUAUGGAUAUUAUUUUAGGUGUCUUUCAUUAAAGUUGAUAUUAUUUCCAGUGAUACAUUUACUCUUGAUCAACAUUAAUUAUUAAACAAGUGUUCAUAUUAGAAAAUUCCUGGAACUUAUUUAACUUACAUUGUUUGUUUUUCUCUUCAUUAUUCUAUUUUAAAAACAGAAACUUUUUUUGUCUAUCUAAUUGUGUAUAGUGUGUGUGUGUGUGGUGUUAAUGUUUAAUAUGAAGAUUUGUCAUCAGAAAUGUAUGAUAAUAAUGUGCAUGAAAUAGUGGGAAUUAUGUCAAACAUUACAGACAAUUGUUUUAAUAUAUAUACUAGUGAAAUUUCCCGGCAAUAGGAACCCGUGCUCUUUUUAAAUAACAGAAAAGUUGAAUUUUAUAAGUGUCAUUAUUAUUAUUAACUUGAAAACAUUUUCCGGAAAUUAUUCAACAUUCUGAAAGACUUUGUUUUUGUUUUCAGGAUUUCUUUUUAUACAAAAGUUCACAUUAGUUUUAAUCUUCAUCAAAUCGUAUAUACAUGAUAUUAUUUUUACAUUGAAAACCUAAUUUUUCAUAAAAUCCAACUUUUUCAUUACUACAAUCAAGUGAAAUUUUAUAACAUCCCAUAUGUUUUCCUAUACGAACCAGGGUAUCAACAAGUCUGGAAAUAAUAGAUAAACAAGUUAAUCAAUGGGUUUUUAUGUUUCUCAAAUAAUAUAACAAUAAUUCAUUAAUG